GAUUGAUGGCCUCACUGUGCUGAUUGGCCCGCCUGGUUAAAAGUAGCGGGUGGUUUCUAACGCUGGUCGCAGGAAUAGGGCGUUCUGCUUGUCGCACAAGUGGCGUGGCUCGUUUAAACCAGUAGUUGAGGCGCUGAGGGAAGCUGUAGUGGGAGUGUUCGAGGAUUCGCUUUGUACAUUUAAAAUUGAAGUUUGCUGGUAAAGAUGGCAGAUCCAGAUGUCCUCACCGAGGUUCCUGCAGCAUUGAAGCGGUUGGCCAAGUAUGUGAUCCGGGGGUUUUAUGGCAUUGAGCAUGCUUUGGCCUUGGACAUCUUGAUCCGAAACCCCUGUGUUAAAGAGGAGGACAUGCUGGAGCUGCUCAAGUUUGAUCGGAAGCAACUUCGAUCAGUCUUGAAUAAUUUAAAAGGAGACAAAUUCAUCAAGUGCAGAAUGAGGGUAGAGACUGCUGCAGAUGGGAAAACCACUCGCCACAACUACUACUUUAUCAAUUAUCGUACUCUUGUUAAUGUGGUAAAAUAUAAAUUGGACCACAUGAGAAGGAGGAUUGAAACUGAUGAGAGAGAUUCCACCAAUCGGGCUUCCUUCAAAUGUCCCGUCUGUAGUAGUACUUUUACAGAUUUAGAAGCUAAUCAGCUCUUUGAUCCCAUGACAGAUGUUGGUGUUACAGUGGUCGUCUUCGUCACUCUUGACUGCAGUGAAGGUGUUACCCAGUCCCUCAGAGAGGGAACUUUCCGCUGUACUUUUUGCCAUACAGAGGUAGAAGAAGAUGAAUCAGCAAUGCCCAAAAAAGAUGCACGCACACUUUUGGCAAGGUUUAAUGAACAAAUUGAGCCCAUUUAUGCUUUGCUUCGAGAGACAGAGGAUGUGAACUUGGCCUAUGAAAUACUUGAGCCAGAACCCACAGAAAUACCAGCCCUGAAACAGAGCAAGGACCGUGCAGCAACUGCUGCUGCAGCUGCUGGCCUGGCAGGUGGGCACCACCGGGAAGCAUGGGCCACCAAGGGUCCCUCUUAUGAGGACUUAUACACUCAGAAUGUUGUCAUUAACAUGGAUGACCAAGAAGAUCUUCAGCGAGCCUCACUGGAGGGGAAAUCUGCCAAAGAGAGACCUAUUUGGUUAAGAGAGAGCACUGUCCAAGGAGCAUAUAGUUCUGAAGAGAUGAAGGAAGGUGGCUUAGAUAUAGACUCGUUUCAGGAGCGUGAGGAAGGCCGUGCGGGGCCAGAUGAUAAUGAGGAGGUCAUGCGAGCACUGCUCAUUCAUGAGAAGAAGACCCCCUCCACCACAGCAGGCUCAGUGGGGGCAGCUGCUCCUGUGACCACUGCCAAUGGCAGUGAUUCUGAGAGUGAGACCAGUGAGUCAGAUGAUGACUCUCCACCCUGUGCUACAGCUGUGGCUGCACAUCAUGGGGAAGAGGAUGAGGAGGAUGAUGAAUUUGAGGAAGUAGCAGAUGACCCCAUUGUCAUGGUGGCAGGCCGUCCAUUCUCCUACAGCGAAGUGAGCCAGAAGCCAGAGCUGGUGGCCCAAAUGACACCAGAUGAAAAGGAAGCAUACAUAGCAAUGGGACAACGCAUGUUUGAGGACCUCUUUGAGUGAGCUUUCCCUACCUUUUCCUCCUUUCUGUAAUGUGCAUUUCAAAAAGACAUUCCCUACCUUUGAAGAAAAGUGUUCAGUGGCCUUCUGCCUCUCGAUGUAAAUCAACUGUUAAUCUUGUGCAAAGAGUAAUGGGAGAGAAGAAAGUUUGAUUUUUAUGCCAGAAACUUCCCCACGAGGUAGGUUGGCUAUAAGCAUACCCUUUCCUAUUACUACAGUAUUAAUAUUUUGCUGUAUUUCCUUAUCUCAUCUUUUUCCUUUCCCUUUGAAGACACAUUUAUCUACCUUCUGAAAUGAGUGAGAGAAGUCUAAAGGUAAAUUCUUCAUGUCUGCCUGUAGAAGCCCACUUUGAUAGGUUACAGUAGUUCAUUGAUCACAUCCUUUUUAUUUAUUCUGACCAAGCAUUCCAAACAGCUCCUGAUAUUGCUGCCAACCAAGCAGCUUGUCCACAGGCAAAUCAUUGAUGAAGGAAAAAAAAAAAUCUUAAAGCUUCAUAUUGCUUCACAUUUUAUGAUGGAGUCAAUAUGUAAGGGGAGGUGGGAGUGUGUGUGGAAGGAUGGUUAUGUGUAAAUCUCAUGAUUAAUAUCUAAACCAAAAUUGGUGUCUUUAGAACUGACUUGACUGACAGAUAUUACUGUUGUGCUAAUGCCUUUUGGUUUGUUUGUUGGAUAAUAGAAAACAGAAAGUGUGUUUGGUAAGCCCUUAGGAAGAAAUUAGAGAAAAAACAUGAAUUUAGGAUAAAGAGUCCAUGUAAAGGGUUGAAGAGUGGAGAGCAUUGGGAAUAGUACCUUUUAACAUUGUCUGAGUUUGUGCUGAUUUGGAAAUCCUUUAUAUAAAGCUGAGACUGGUCCCCUUCUUUUUCAGUUCUUCCACAGUACUAUAAAUUGUUUAAAGGGGCCAUUCCAGCAGAAAUCAGCAUAUAACAAUUGAUUACUCCUCUCUCUUUUUUUUUUUUCCUCUCAACAUUAUUGAAGGCCUUGUCUCUUUUGAUUCUUGUCAGGCAUGGUAUUUUAGAGUGCAUCCAGUAUAUCACUGAGCAUUGUAACCUCAAGGAAAAUACUUUAUUUUUGGUUCUGAUAUGUAGCAUGGUAUUAUUCCUUAAGGCAGAACUUUAAAGAACUUUCAUACAAGGGUCUACAACAAUUGUAUUUUUUCUAAUAUUUUCUCUUCCAUUGUCAUUUUAAGUAUUUAUCAUUUUAUAGUACAUGUGUAAAGUUGAGAUAGAUUUUAAACAUCUGAGCCUUGUAUAAAGUAAUGAUUCAUUUACCUGAGUUGUAUUAUGACUGAAUAUUGACAAUAAAUCUAUUUUAUACU